AUGAAUAGAUCCGUUUGGACUGUUAUAACAUGUACAAUGUUAUUAGUUGUUAUAUGUAAUUUUAAUACAAUGAAAGCUGCUCCAGCUAAUAAUACACAAGUACCAGCGAAAACAACUCCUAAACCUGCAGCACCUUCUACUCCUAAACCUGCAGCACCUUCUACAGCCAAACUUCAACCAAAUUUACCUGUUAAAAAUGCAGCACCUACGACUCCUAAACCUGCAGCACCUUCUACUAAGAGGUGAGUAAUUUAUGAGUCCUUUUGAAUGUCAUAAUUUGUCAUUUUUAUUUUUUAAUGUAGACAGAGAUAUUGGUUCUUGAAUAAAAUGUUCUUAUCUACAUGAUGAUUAGUAGUGUUGUAGUGAACGAGAAUGAUAAGUCUUGCUGAUUGAACGCUAUAUUCGUUUCCCAAGCUAUUCUGUAACCCCUAAGCUACAACUAUACAGUGACCUGAACACGAGAGAGAAGACGCAAAGUAUGCGAGAAGUAAUUUACUUCAAGGUUCAUUUUUGUACAGAAAACAUGGGUAUUUAUUGAUGUUAACAUUUGUUAAAUCAACAUCAUACUUUAGCCAAUCCGCUAAAAGAUACAUUAUGCUACUGACCAAUAGUAGCACGCCAUGUUGACAUUCUAGAAAGCUCCAUCAUGCUUUGAUUGGCUAGGACUCUUCGGCUCCUCUAGGGCCUCUGGAGGCUCCGUUGCAGUUCUCGGAAAGCCGACUCAACAGAGAAUACAAGUGGGGACAAUCGAAUGUAUUUGAAUAUAAAGUUACAGAAUCACUAAGUAAAAUCUGAUAACAAUAGAUACUUCAUUUGCAAAAUGUCAAUCAAUCAUCUCAGACUUCACUGUUGUUUCAUUUCUACACUAAUCAUUCUUUGUUCUCGUUCUCUUUUCUUUGAUCUUCUUAACCUUUUGCUGCUAGACAUACAUGAUACUUAUAUCUGUCGACGUUAGUAGCACACACUACAGUAUUUAUUUGGGUUGUAAUUUGAUUAGGUUGAAGAUAUCGAUAGUAAUAUGAACUAAGAUGGCUGUGUUCAUGUUUUUCUCUGGCGGAUGGAGAUGAAUUUUAAUUCGUGUUUUCAUCCACCUCCUCUAAUAUGUGUUCACAGUAAUUGCACCAUUAAUUGACCUUAAAUCUAAUUGCAGUAAGGAUGGUAUAUACAGACUUAUAAAGUGAAUGGUUUACUGAAAACAAUCUUUGAAUAUUAUUAUUUUCCUUGAAAAAGCUUGGACCAGAUUGCCAGGCGAAACGUUGGAUUUACUUCAAAUUCAUUCGCUGAGAUUUUACAAAUAUAUUCUUCUUUUUAAAUCUUUGAAUAUUAGUUUACAUUAAAAUGAACUUAAAUUUUGGAUAAAGACUAUUUAACUCUAAUGCACCAAGUAAAUAUAUUAUAAUUUUGCAAGACCUAAAACUCAUGGUAUAUAUUACAUUACCUGUACUUACAUAAUGUCAGUAUGCAUGAAAUUAAAACAAUAUAUAUAUCAUUUUCAGUUAUUUUACAGAUGUAUUGAAUUGACAAUGAAAUGUUUUUCUGUACACCAUCUAUCAAUAUCCGGUUGUUUUAAGAGUUACCAAUUAUUUAUCUAUAAUAUUUCAGUGAGCUUCUUGUUGUAGCAACAUAGUUGAGCGAGACUAUAAUAUAUGAACGAAUCAAUCAGGUAUAAGGUAACAAGUCUCGAAUUUUGGCGUGAAACCAAUUCGUUCACCUGGCUAAAUAAAGUUUUGGCAUUAUAACUGAUAUCAUUUCGUGAUGAAAACCCUAAAUCUAAUUCCUAACCUUAACCAUCAACUGCAAAUCAUAACUUUAACUUCCCACAUUGGUUAAUAAUCCUCAUUUGGCCCUAGUUAUUAGGUGGAUAGUUCCAAGGUCACUUUAGCAUCUCUCAAAGGUUGUCGUUUAGAGAAGAAAGUUUUUUUUAGAUUUCAAAAUCAAGAACAUUUAUUGAAGAUUAAAUAAGUCCCUAACCAAUCAAUCCAGUUGAACAUUUGACAGAUAAAGCUUGAUACUUUAACAGAUAAUUAGUUCAUUUAUAUUUAUACUAAACAAACAGAAUUAGUUCAACCAAUUAUUGUAUAUUAAUAAAUAAAUAGUUGACAG